CCAAAUUGUGAUUCAUUGUAACAGCAUGUAGUCUAACCCUGACACUGACUCAUAGUCACUGAACUCGGUUAAGCAGUCAUACAGUUUCAGCUAUAGCUGCUAGUCGUUUCCUGUGCGUGGGCGUCUGUUUGGGUGAGCUCUGAACGGCAGUCCUAUUUAUCUGAAAUAACUCGCAGAAACCCGCACCUUUCAUAGCUACUUUCGGUUCGUUUGUUAUUGCCUCGGGCGCCUGGAUAGCUCCAUAGCGGGAGCAAAACACCAACUUGCAGAGUCAUGCUGAUGUUGAAAUCGCACGAACGCUGCGCGCGCAUACUUCAUAUUUAGAUGACAGAUGGAAGCCGAGGGGACUUGAUCAAACGUUUUAUAUAGGCGCCGCCCAUGUAAAAUCUCUGCCUUGAUGCUAAGUCCUUAACUUCUCCUUCUGCUUAACGGACGCCCAGAACAGACAAUUUUGUGGAAGUCACGUAGGUUUUUGUGUGGGAACGUAUAGUUUGAGCAGUCUAGGCUUCUUCGACAAAAUAAUCCCAGUAAUCUGUACAAUUCCCGUCGAGAGAAGUUGCCUAUACUAUUUCGGACAGUUCUGGAAAGAACACCGUCUACAGGUGAGAUAAGGAAACUUCUGUAGCGAUUGAAAGGGUUAGAGUUAAAUCUGUCAGAUUUGUGUAGCCUUUGACUUGUACAGAGGGACUGCUUUAGAAAUGGAUGUGGACUGACAUGGAUUUGUUCAUAUAUGUGUUGCUCUGAAUUGGAAUUUGAUAACCUUCUGACGGAUGUGGAAAAGAUGACAGACUGCCCGUAAGUGCCAGCGGGACACGCCCCCCCCCCCCCCCCCUCACUCUACAUGAAAAGCACGGACACAUCCUGAAGAGCGGGGUGCAGUUUUAAACUACCUUCAGGAAAAGGACUUCCCCUCUUUUACACCCACACACACACACCCACACUUUUUUUUUUGGCAAAGUCUCUCACCAAUACCUGCAUUGACAAGGAAAUGAGGAGCAGCUCUCAUUUCCACCACAGAGAUAGAGGAUGAGUGAUCUGUGACGUAAACGUUGGGUUUAUUAUGAAUGUCUUCCUGAUGGAUCAGUGAUCCAGCGAGUCUUCCUGCCAUGCUGGACUUCUGAGCAACCGUGAGAGGCAUGGCUUCCAUUUUAGCGACACAUUGUCUUACGUCUCUUACCUUCAGCUGGAGGUAGAGGCUGUUCACCACAAACACUUCUCUUCCUCAAACCAUCUGAAGUAUUUAGGAAGAAGUUGAGAACACACAUAUGCACUGAGAAUGAUAUGCCCAAGGAAGAAGAGGCCCACGAAAGAUGAGGAUUUCUCAGCCAUCGCCGUGCCCUCUAUGAAGGGCCUUGGCUAUCUGGAUUACACCAUAGAGAGCCACCCAGCCAGAGCCAUGCAGAUGAUGGAUGAGUUUCGCAGACAUGACAUGCUGUGUGACUUGGUUCUUCAUGUGACCUACAAGGAUAAAGUGGUGGAUUUCAAGGUGCAUAAACUAGUACUGGCUUCCUGCAGCCCCUACUUCAAAGCCAUGUUCACCAGCAACUUUAGGGAGUGCCACGCAUCGGAGGUGACCCUGAGGGACGUGUGUCCACAGGUGGUGGGCCGGCUGAUCGACUUUGCCUACACCUCGCGCAUCACCGUGGGCGAGAAGUGCGUGCUGCACAUGCUUCUGGCUGCCAUGCGCUACCAGAUGGAGGAUGUGGCCAAAGCCUGCUGCGACUUUCUGGUCAAGAACCUCGAGUCAUCUAACGUCAUCGGCAUCGCCCGCUUUGCAGAGGAGAUCGGCUGCACGGACCUGCACAAGCACUGCCGCGAGUAUAUCAACACACACUUCAGCGAGGUCACCAAAGCGGAGGAGUUCUUCAGCUUGAGCCACUGCCAGCUGCUGGAGCUGAUCAGCCAGGACAGCCUGAAGGUGCUGUGCGAGGUGGAGGUGUACGAGGCCUGCAUCGAGUGGGUCCACUGGGAUGUGGAGAACCGGGCCCAGUACUUCCACGCGCUGCUCAAGGCCGUGCACAUCUACGCGCUGCCGGCAAAGUUCCUCAAGCGCCAGCUCCAGCACUGCCCCAUCCUCAGCAAGGCCAACUCCUGCAAGGACUUCCUCUCCAAGAUCUUCCAGGAGAUGUCGCUGCGAAAACCGUUGCCCCCGGCGCCGCAGCGGGGCACGCAGUUCAUCUACGUGGCCGGAGGCUACCGGCAGCACUCGCUGGCCUCCAUGGAGGCGUUCGACCCUGGGCGAGUCGCGUGGCUCAGGCUGGCCGAGAUGCCGUCCCCCUGCAGCGGCCUAGGGGCCUGCGUGCUGUUCGGGCUCCUCUACACGGUGGGCGGCAGGAACCUGACGCUGCAGAACAACACAGAGUCAGGCGCGCUGUGCUGCUACAACCCCAUGACCAACCAGUGGAGCCAGCACGCCUCGCUCAACACGCCGCGGAACCGAGUCGGAGUCGGGGUCAUCGACGGAAACAUGUACGCCGUUGGAGGCUCACAGGGAUCCAAGCAUCUCAGCACAGUAGAAAGGUAUGACCCUGAGACCAACCGCUGGACUUUUGUGGCCCCCAUGUCUGUGGCGCGGCUGGGAGCCGGCGUGGCCUCGUGUGGGGGGGCCCUAUAUGUGGUGGGGGGGUUUGACGGAGAGAACCGUUGGAACACUGUGGAACGCUACCACCCCGACACCAACACUUGGCAACAGUUGUCCCCCAUGCACUCGGUGCGGAGCGGCUUGGGCCUGGUGUGUGUGGACACCUACCUGUAUGCGAUCGGGGGCUAUGACGGGCGGACGCAGCUGUGCAGCGUGGAGCGCUACAGCGUGGUGAGGGACGCGUGGGAACCCGUGGCGUCCAUGAGACACUGCCGCAGCGCCCACGGCGUCACCGUCUACCAGGGCAGGAUAUUCGCUCUAGGUGGCUUUAACCAGGGCGGCUUCUUGUCCAGUGUGGAGUGCUAUUUUCCAGAGAGCAACGAAUGGACAUACAUAACAGACAUGCCCAUUGGACGGAGUGGAAUGGGCGUCGCUGUUACCAUGGAGCCUUGCCCAGGCAACCUACCAGAACAGGAGGAGGAGGAAUGAGGUUGAAUGAAAUUACUACUACUACUGAUUUAUCUCCAGGGUUUAUGGGUCUUAUACAGACCCUACUCAUCAAAUCAUCUCCUGGAGAUUACUGUAUCAUCUGGAAUGUUAUGCCUUUUUAUAACUUUUUCUUUUCUUUUUGGUUUUACAGUUUUUUAAUUAUUUGACAUUCAUUGUUAUUUGCACAUCUUUUGGGAGGAUGGCGAGCCCUAAUUGCCUCAGUGUUCACCAUAUUCUUUUUUUUUUAUGUUGACUGUUGACUGUUGAUCCACAAACACAAAAGGUCUUCAUAAAGUAGCUUCAUGCUGCUACAGGAGAUACAGGUAUUAACAUUUUCGCCAACUGGAUUGUGAUGAGAAUCGGGAAUGGGAUUCAGCACUGGCAAGGACACAAAAAACUGUUUUAAUCGAAUAAAUCUGAAAAAAAUGACAUAGCUACUUUUGGCUUGCAGGCACACCUGGGAAUGUUUUUGACAUGUUUUUGACAUAUUUAAAAGCUGAAGGAUUUACAGGUGAGGACUUGCCAAGUCAUUCACCUCAAAAAGAUGCUGACUCCUGAAUCUACCCAUUUGCCUUGUAACCUCGCUGAGAUGUGAAUGCACCUUGCAUUGCUGAAUCCUCAGCCAAAAUAAACAGGCAUAAGUUCUCAUGUGA